AAGGCAAUGAACUCUGAUUGCACUGGAUCAUCAUGAACUGUCAAUAUAAAUAUGUUCAUUUCCAACCAAUCAGAGCCCAGUAAAGUUGUGCUUCCUCUGGUAUUAAGAAAAAGCUAACAAAAAAAUCUAUUGGUGAUUUAAUGCGUUAGCAGAACCCACUUUAUCCAUCAUCACGAAUCGAAGCUACAACUUUCACCUUUCAGAAUUAGGAAAAAUACAGAUAAACAUGGAUUCCAUGGAACUUGAUGACUGCGGCUAUUUGAAAAAGAACUUAACGAUGCAAGGGAUUGUCACUGAAGUGAAUUUUCAACAAAAGAAAAAGUCAUCCAGAUGCAUCACUGUGUCCCUUGGUUUGCUGUGCGCCGUCCUAUUGGCUGGUAACAUUGGACAGUUAAUCUACUAUGAGAUAUUGCCUCGUUUUUCAUCGGAGCACCAGGCUAAAUCCGACCAUCUCCACAAUAACAUCUUUCUCACAGACACAAACCACAGGGAAAGAAAUGAGCUUGAGGUCACACUGAAUAACCUAACGAGGGACAAAGACCAGUUGCAGACAAACUACGAAUCUCUGGUGUCAGAGAGAGCUCGACUCCUUGACAGUGAAAUGGCUUUGACUGCCGAAAGGGAUGAGCUACGGGCCAACUUCCAGCGUGUGAAGCAGCAGCAUGAUGAGUUGCAGACCAAUUAUAGCAUCCUAAAUAGGGAGAUUGAUGUGCUACAUACCCUGACUCGUGCACUGGGGACAGACAAAGACCAGUUACGGACUAGUUACGAGUCACUCAUUGACGUGAAAGACCAGUUACAGACGAGCUACAAUUCCCUCGUGAAAGAGCAGGAAAGCCUUAAAGCCAAUAAAACUACUGUGACUGCUGAAAGGGAUGACUUCAAGUCCAGACUCAAUAAUCUGGAAAAGGAGAAAGACCAGUUACAGCGUGAUUACUCUUCAGUGAGAAGCGGGAAAUACCAGUUACAGACCACUUACGAGUCUCUUGUUAAAGAGAAAGACAGGUUACAGACCAGCUACAAUUCCCUCGUUGAAGAGAAAGAGCUUCUACUAAUAAGUAAAAUCAAUGUGGCUGCAGAAAGAGAUGAUUUCAAGUCCCGCUUUGACAAACUAAAAAAUGAGAAAGACCAGCUGCAACGUGAUUCCUCUUCAUUGAGGAAGGACAAAGACCUGUUACAGGUCAGUUUUGACUCCCUUGUUCGAGAGAAAGACCAGUUACAAGCCAGCAAAACCACCUUGUCUGCUGAAAUAGAUCAGUUGAGGUCCCACUUUGACAUCCUGAAAAAUGAGAAAGUACAGAUACAGCGCGAUUACUCUUCAGUGAGAAGCCAGAAAGAGCAGUUACAGGCCAGUUACGAGUUGCUCGUGAAAGACAAGGCACAAUUACAGAGCAGCUACAAUUCUCUCGGUAGAGAGAAACAGCUUCUCUUGACAAGCAAAGCCACUUUGUCAACUGAAAGAGAUAAUUGCAUGACCCGCUUUAACAAUCUGAAAAAUGAGAAAAAUCAGCUACAACAGAGUUACUCUUCACUGGGAAGAGAGAAAGCUCAGUUAGAUGCCCGUUACGCAACCCUUGUUCAAGAGAAACAGCUACUUAUAGUCAAUAAGGCCAAAGUGGCUUCUGAGAGGGAUGUGGCAAAGUCCCUCUACGACAAUAUUAAAAAAGACAGAGACUAUUUACAAAAAAACUACACUUUGCUGGAGGAGGACAAGGACCGACUAGAAAGAAAUUAUACUUUGCUCAGCGAGAGGAGUAGCAUGUGUCAGAUCAGGUACAAACUCCUGCAGGGACAAAAAAAUGACGUGGACAGUGAUUGCAACACUCUGCGCGUUGAAUACGAGCGGCUACGUAGAAAUCACAGCAGCCUAGAGACAGAAAGGUAUGAGCUGCAGAAGACCGUGGACAAAAUGGCCAUCGAGUUGAAAAGCACGCUCUGCGGGGUUGGCUGGAAGAAGUUUGGCGGCAACUGCUACUUUGUGUCGAAGUUGAGUCGGAGCUGGGCAGAUAGCAGGCUUGAGUGCAUCAGCAGGGGAGCUGAUCUGGUUGUCAUAAAUAGUAGGGAGGAACAGGUAUUCCUUAAUGGUUUAUUGGGGCGCAGCAAGGAUGUGUGGAUUGGUCUGAGCGAUCAUAUCGAGGAAGGAACAUGGGUUUGGGUGGAUGGGACCCCCCUCACUACAGAGUUCUGGCAUAAAGGGCAGCCGAACAACCUCGUGAACCAGGACUGUGUUGAAAUCCAGACAAAAUCAGUUUGGUUAGGAACCUGGAACGAUGUCAGCUGUUCUCUUCAACAACCCUGGAUUUGUGAGAAAUGAUGACGAUAUGUGGCUUCAGCCCUAAUGGAUUAGACUGAAUGGGUAUCUACUGACAAAGGACAUCUUCUAUAUGUGUUGGACUUCUUCAGGCAGAGUACAAAAUGAUGAAACCUUCUUGUGCGCAAACCACAAUUUGUUUACCAGGAAUGUAAAUACAUAUAUGCAAGAUGUAUGUCUGAAAUUCAGGGUUGGAUUUUGAUUAUUUCUUUUUUAUUUACUUGUCGAUUUAUAGAGUACUACCUUGUAGAAAAUAUCCCGAUCAUAUAAUAGAGUAAAAAACAAAAAAUCUUGCUAUGCCA